GUGUGACACCACUCUGUUUGGGUGUGAAGGUUCUUCAGUACGAUGGCGCUUACAGCUCAGCGCUGGCUCUGGAAACGCGCCUUUACAGUUUCGGGGUUUGUUAGGGCCUGCGUGCCGCUGUUUAGCGCGGUGCACAGCAGGACCGUCUCCAGCUGUAUUGACCCUUCCAUAGGGCUCUCGGACGAUCAAAAAGAAUUCCAGAAAACUGCCUUUAGUUUUGCUUUGAAUGAAAUGAGUCCACACAUGGCAGAGUGGGAUCAGAAGGAAAUCUUUCCAGUGGAGACAAUGAGGAAAGCUGCACAACUUGGAUUUGGUGGGAUUUAUGUUCGUCAAGAUGUUGGGGGAUCAGGACUAUCACGAGUGGACACCUCGAUUAUAUUUGAAGCAUUAUCAACAGGCUGUGCAAGUACCACUGCUUACAUCAGCAUUCAUAACAUGUGUGCCUGGAUGAUUGACGCAUUUGGGAGUGAGGAGCAACGCCGUAUGCACUGCCCUAAACUAUGUAGCAUGGAGAAGUUUGCUUCCUACUGUCUCACAGAGCCAGGAAGUGGCAGCGAUGCAGCUUCACUAAUAACUACAGCAAGGCGGGAUGGAGAUUCCUACAUUCUCAAUGGCUCAAAGGCUUUCAUCAGUGGUGGAGGAGACACUGAUCUGUACGUGUUGAUGUGCAGAACUGGAGACAAGGGUCCCAAAGGCAUUUCUUGUUUAUUAGUGGAGAAAGGUACACCUGGACUCAGCUUUGGCAAAAAAGAGAGAAAGGUUGGAUGGAACUCUCAGCCAACUCGAGCUGUGAUAUUUGAGGACUGUGCUGUUCCCGUUAGUAACUUGAUUGGAAAAGAAGGUGAUGGAUUUUCCAUAGCCAUGCAUGGACUGAAUGGCGGAAGAAUCAACAUAGCUUCGUGCUCAUUAGGUGCUGCAUAUGCCUCCAUUCUCUUGACUCAAGAUUAUCUCAAAGUGCGCAAACAGUUUGGGAAACCUCUUGCCAGCAAUCAGUACCUGCAGUUUAAACUGGCUGAAAUGGUGACUGGACUAGUAGCAGCUCGUUUGAUAGUGCGUAAUGCUGCUGCAGCUCUCCAGGAAGGUCGACAGGAUGCAGUAGCCCUGUGUGCGAUGGCCAAACUCUUUGCAACUGAUGAAUGUUUUACAAUCUGUAAUCAAGCGCUGCAGAUGCACGGUGGUUAUGGUUAUCUAAAGGAUUAUGCUGUACAGCAGUUUGUUCGAGAUAUCAGGGUGCAUCAGAUCCUAGAGGGUACCAAUGAAGUUAUGCGAAUGCUUAUCUCAAGAAACCUGUUUGAUGAAUAAUUUUUCUGCAUGCUAGGCCAGCAUUGCAGAAGAGAAACAACUCGUCUGAUUGAUUGAAAUGUCCUAGAAAGAUCAUUCAAUUAACAGUUACACACCUACUUGAUUAAAAGAAAAAUAUUAAUAGCUAUGAACUAACCUUUUCCAGAAAGAGAAGAAUGUCUGUACCCUUCAAUGUAAGGUAUCUGACCAGUAAAAUAUAACAUUUUUGUUGUUUAA